AAUCAUUUGUUGAGGUCUCUUUUCUGUCAUUGAGGGCUCUUGAAAAUAAAUUCAAUUCUUGUUACGUAUACAUAUACAUAUGAAUAGAUUGUAUAUAUAGAUAUAUACGUAUUUUCGCAUUUAUUUUAUUUGAUACAUAAUACCGGUGGGGGUGGCCGGAUCGGGCAGAUCAUUAUUAACAAAUGGCGGGGGAAGAAGGAGGAGAAACGAUCGACAAAACUGCAAAGGAAUUUGAUUCAAAGGCGACGAUCGACUCAUCGUUGUCGAACGACAAUAAUAGUACUAGUAAUAGUAAUAAUAAUAUUCAUCAUCAGAAAUCUAAGAGCUUUGCAUUUAGAGCACCUCAACAGAAUUUUAGCAUCCAGGAUUUUGAAUUGGGAAAGAUUUAUGGAGUUGGUUCUUAUUCCAAGGUAGUGAGAGCAAAGAAGAAAGACACAGGAGUUGUUUAUGCAAUGAAGAUCAUGGAUAAAAAGUUCAUCACAAAGGAAAACAAAACAGCCUACGUAAAAUUGGAGCGUAUAGUGUUGGAUCAAUUAGACCAUCCUGGUGUUGUUCGAUUGUUUUUCACGUUUCAGGAUACUUUCUCACUCUAUAUGGCACUGGAAUCUUGUGAAGGCGGCGAACUUUUUGACCAAAUAACCAGGAAAGGUCGUCUUGCUGAGGACGAUGCUCGUUUCUACGCAGCUGAAGCUGUCGAUGCUCUUGAAUAUAUACACAGUAUGGGGUUGAUACAUCGCGAUAUUAAGCCGGAGAACCUGUUGCUUACAGCAGAUGGACAUAUCAAGAUUGCUGAUUUUGGUAGUGUAAAGCCCAUGCAAGAUAGCCGAAUCACUGUCCUUCCAAAUGCUGCAUCAGAUGAUAAGGCUUGUACCUUUGUGGGAACAGCCGCUUACGUUCCUCCAGAAGUUUUAAAUUCCUCUCCUGCAACUUUUGGAAAUGAUCUGUGGGCGCUUGGAUGCACAUUGUAUCAAAUGCUGUCAGGGACUUCUCCUUUCAAGGAUGCAAGUGAAUGGCUUAUUUUCCAAAGAAUUAUUGCCAGAGAUAUCAGAUUUCCAAAUUACUUUUCUCCAGAAGCACGAGACCUCAUUGACCAGUUAUUGAACAUAGAUCCGAGCAGGCGACCGGGUGCAGGACCUGACGGCUAUGCUGCUCUCAAAUGCCAUCCCUUUUUUAAGGGAAUUGAUUGGACGAAUUUGAGGUCCGGAACCCCACCUGAACUUGCACCAGAUCCAAGAGUUCAUUCUGCUAGCAGCGAGGACCAAGAUUCUUCGCGGAGUCCAUCGCACGCGGGUUCGCUCAAAGCGCACGAUGGCGCUGCAUCAGCUUCUGAAGGUAGCGUCACAAGGCUUGCUUCCAUUGAUUCCUUCGAUUCGAAAUGGCAACAAUUCUUGGAGGCAGGAGAAUCGGUUCUGAUGAUCUCAAUGGUGAAGAAGCUGCAGAAACUGUCGAGCAAGAAAGUGCAGCUUAUCCUCACCAACAAGCCUAAGUUGUUCUAUGUUGAUCCUGCAAAGCUGGUGCCCAAAGGAAACAUCGUCUGGUCUGAUAACCCUAAUGAUCUCUGCAUUCAAGUUGCAACCCCCUCCAACUUCAAGAUUUGCACUCCGAAGAAAGUUCUGUCAUUCGAGGACGCAAAACAAAGAGCAAUGCAGUGGAAAAAGGCGAUUGAGACACUUCAAAACCGGUAGGACAAUACAAAGUAUAUAUAUACGUAUGUAAGUACGUACUGGUUGGGAAAUACAAUACAGAAUGUUUGUACGUACUCAAUUUUGAUCCGUAGAAAUUCCAUUUUUGUUUA